AAGAAAAGCUCCAGAGCAAAUGAGAAAGGUGCUCAGAGUUAAAAGCACAGGUUGCGCCUGGAAGCAGCGGAGGUACUAGGUAAGUGUGGCUCCAUUCAUUUCCAACUAGAACAUAGUUGGAUCCUGAGGGAUGUCAGCAUGCAAAAUGCAUAUGUAAAGGGUUAAUUUCAAGAGCUGUGGAACGGCCACACACUCUGUGGCAGUUGUGGCAGUUAUGGCGGUUGUGGCAGUUAUGAACCAUCCUAACUGCCAUCUGCUUCGGAGUCAGAGAUAGUCUGUAACAGUUGAAUCUAUGUGAGAUGUUUUAGCAGCUUAAGCUAUCAUCUAUCUACCUGCACUAUACAUUCAAUUUGCAACUGCAAGCGCACACAAUAAAAGUUAUCUUGUCAUUUAAAAUUUAAAAGAGAGUGUAGCUUUUAUAGGAAGGGGAAGGGAACUAAGAAAAGGGUCAAACAACCCACAAAUCUGGAGUUUAAUUCCCACAGAUAACAACCCUGGGUUGCCAGCCACAAUAUCGUAGCAGUGGUCCUGUAAGACAGACUGCGGUUUGUGGGGCAGUACCUGAAAGGACCAGCCUCCAAUGCAGAUAGCACUUGGCACCUAACAUACAUCCCUAUACAUUUCCGCAAACUGCUAUUGCUGCAUGAUGACCCCGCCACCCUUCCGCCAGCUCUCGGAAAGAUCCUUGCUUAAGGUUCCUGCUACUCACCCUCUAGGUUUCGUAGAUCUGAGGCACGCCAGAAAUACCAUAUCCAUCGACCAGCUCAGGGCUGAAAUCCAAAUCGGGUAUUGGGUCUUGCAAUGGAUGAAUGUCCCUGUUGAAUCGGGUUGUGAUUCAGGCCUGUUGUUGAAACCUGGCACAUGGCAUAGGAGGUGCUCCAGGAAGUGAUCCCUUGUGAAUCAGAUGCCGCCUGCUACUCAUCCCUUUUGGAGAUGUUGGGUCAGCAUCUCCAUUUGGAGCUAAGGGCUAUAAGAGAUGCUGUUUCCAGGAAGGCAUAAGAAGGAAAGGGGAGACUCUGCCACAGUCCUGAUGGAACGUCUCCAAAUCUUGGUCCCAGAGAGUGGUAUGUUCUACCCCUGUUGUCGGAGGCACUAAGUUGUCAGCAGAGAAGUCCUACUCAGAGUAGACACAUUGAAAUAAAUGGGUGCCAGUUAGUCAAAUCAGUUAAUUUACACCAGUCUAAGAAGGACUAACAUUGGCUAUAACCAAGUGUGUCUCUGGAUAGCAGCUGUCGUUGAGAAUUACAAGUGAGGAGUGUGCUGUGACAUUCAGGUUCACAACAGACAACCGGUUGGUCACUGUGAGAAGCGGAUGCUGGACUAGAUGAGCCCAUUGGGUCCUCCUCAGUUUCUUACAUUGUAUUUUGACUCUGAAUGUCAGAUCCUCCGGUCAUCCGCAGAGCUGCCUUGGAACUUUAGUUCCAUACUGUUUUGGUUCAAUCGAGUUGAACUUGCUUUGAGGCACUAUCAACUUUUCAUAUAUCUUAUACUUAAAUAAGAUGAUGAUGAUGAUGAUUACCAAACUCCUAUCUGCAUUCAGCCUGGGCUGAAAUGCUCUCCCCAUCACCCACAUUUAGCCACCCUAUUUGAAAAUGGCAGAAUGUGGAGCACCCUUUUGGCUAAAAUAAAUUGCCUUGGAGUUGGGGGUAUCAAUUAAUUGCUUAAGGGGAGCCUGGGUCUCCCUUUGCCCAUCCUAACUCCAAAUUUCAAAACUUUAUAUCUGUUUAGAGAAUGGAAGAAGAAACAAGGAAAGAGGAAGAGGUAGAAAUGAAAAGGGAAGAGGACCCUGCCCUCAUUGCUUUCUACACCUCCUUCAAGGACCUCUUUGAGUUCUUUUGCUUGAACACCACCAUCCAUGGCACCAUCCGGCUGGUCUGCUCGAGUCGGAACAAGAUGAAGACGGCCUUCUGGACCCUUCUCUUCCUUGCCAGCUUUGCCAUGCUGUAUUGGCAAUUUGGGCUCCUCUUCAACCAGUACUGGCAGUACCCAGUGGUCUUGUCAAUUUCUGUCAAAUCACAACAAACGAUGUUUCCUGCCAUCACCCUCUGCAACCUGAAUCCAUACAGGUACGGGUGGGGUUUUUUUUGUAUUUUCGAGGGUCUUCCUUUCGAAUAAUUGAAAAACUUCACUUGCAGGUUGAGAAGGGCUGGAGUUUAGGGGAUCACUUAUUUGUAGGGAGGGGUGAAUUUGUCAAACUCAGUUCCUCCCCUUUUCUUGGGCUCCCUGUUUUCAGUCUUUCACAACAUAGAUAGAUAGUAUUUUAUUGCUUUGACGCCUGGGACAAGCAAAAUCUAAAAUACAGUAAACGACAACAAUAACAUCCAGUCUCUCCUUUCUUGGAAAAAAUCGUAACAGCAGCUAAAUGUUAGAACUGCUACUUAGAACAAAUUUAUGAAGCAUAAAUAUGAAGCAUAUGAAAGUCUCUAGUCCAAAAAGUCUCUCCAGUUGUUUGGGAAGCUGACUGCUGCAUCUCAUAUGGGAGAUGAUGGAUGCUCGGUGUUGUCGAAGGAUAAAGGACUCAUAUUGCCUCUGACCACCCUGAUCUGGCAAGCCUAUUCUUGGCCAGAGCUACGGACCACACCUGAGCCUACCAUGCCUCCAUUGACAGGCAUGUCUUUCUCCUGUUGUAAAAGUAAAUGGAGCAAUACAUAGGAGAGACACACUUCAAGUUUUCUUAAGGUUCUGUGUUUCUCCUUCAGGGUUUCCUGGAGUGGCCUCUUUGAUCAGACUGUCCCUGCUGAUAUUCAGAGCCCUUUGUCAUUUCUCUCAUUUCCCCAGGGUCAAUCUAGUCAGCAAAAAUAUGGCCGAGCUUGAUAAUCUGGCCAGGGAAACCCUACACAACCUAUACCCCUUCAGCAUCCCGGCAAGCACUCUGGAAGACAACUCCAGCGUCAGUCUGGAGAACUGGACAAACAGUGAGGUCAACAGCUCCAGCUUCAAGCUAGAUGACAGCAUCGCUCUAGUGAGAAUGGGCGGCGGCAAAGUGGGCUUCCGGCUGGUAAGUUGAACGGGGAUUUCAAUGGCCAUUUUCAGUGGCCACCUGCCAUUGACAAUUGGUCUUCCUGAAUUGGUUGCAGGCUGAGCCCAGCCACUCAGGGAUCACAGAAUGACAGGGAGGCUAUCAUGACCCUGUUGUUGUUGUUGUUGUUGUUGUUGUUGUUGUUGUUACAAUUUCUCAAAUGCCCUUCACCCCAAGGUCCCAGGCCAACAAUUAAAACACAACAUGAAUAAUAACAUUUGGGGUGUAUGUUUUAGGACCCACCUUAUUUUGAUGGUUGCAAGCUGUUUUUGAUUGUUUUUAAUAUUGCUUUUAAUGCUGGAACCCACCCUCAGACCUUAGAGGGAAGGGCGGGUAAGAAAUAAAUUAUUAUCAUUAUCAUUAUCAUUAAGAUACAGGGGUACCUUGGUUGUCAAACUUAAUCUGUUCUUGGACUCCAUUUGACUCCUGGAACCAUUGGAAACCAAAGUGCAGUUUCCUGCACUCAAUCAGAAGCUGCGGAAGCAGCGUCAGACAUUCGACUUCCAAAAAGCCUUCGCAAACUGGAACACUCACUUCUGGGUUUGCGGUGUUCAGGAGCUGAUUAGUUUGGGAGCCAAGCUGUUCGAGAACCAAGGUACCACUGUACAUUGAUAUACAGUGGUACCUCGGGUUAAGUACUUAAUUCGUUCCGGAGGUCCGUUCUUAACCUGAAGCACCACUUUAGCUAAUUCACCAAAAGCUGUAUAUUGAAGAUACCAGAUGCACCUCUGUGAAGAAGGAGUUCCACAGCACAGGCGCUGCCACAGGGAAGGCCCUCUCUCAGGCCAGCGCUUAACACACUGCGCCUCUGAGGUCAUGGUGGCUGUGUGGUCAGAGGCAGUAUGCUGGAGAGGAGCAGCUGGAGAGGAGAAUUGGCUUCCUGUUCUGCUUUCAGGCUACCUAGAGGCAUCUGGUCAGCCACCAGGAGAAGACAGACCUUAGGCUUUGCUCCGCAGAGCUCCCUCUUCUGCUCUCUCUCUCUCCAGUUUCUUGAUCACUGCACAAUUGUUUCCUCGGAGCUGAACCUCUCACUCCCCUAAUUCUCUUCUUUCCUCAGUGUAACCAAACGGGCGGAGACUGCUACACCAAGAUUUACUCCUCCGGGGUCGACGCUUUCCAGGAAUGGUACAGUUUCCACUACAUGAACAUCAUGUCCCAGAUCCCACCCAUCAUUGACAUCUCCAAGGACGACGACCACAUCAACAACCUGGUCUACGCUUGCCAGUACGACGGAUUGCCUUGCAAAGCUAGGUAACUCACACAGCCACCCAGCCUGUUGGCCUGCUCAGUUGUAGAACCAUAGCAUCUGAGAAUCAUUCCAGAGAGGGAGUUCACAGGCAGCCGCUGGUGGUCGUCGAUGGAAGCAUUGCUCCUGCAAAAGAAGAAUGUAGGGUUGCAUCCAAUGCUCAGACUAGACCCAUUGAAAUGACUGAAAUUCAGUCAUGCCUAGGGCAGUUGCUAGGAAUUUGUCUCCUGGUCCCCCAAGUCCUUGUCCAACACUCUUAACCACUAGACCACACUAGUUCUUAUUUUUCCUUUGAGGAGCUCUAGGCAGUGCGGGUGCCCCUCUCCACAUUAUCCUCACAACAACCCUGCGAGGCAGCUUCCUGGCCAGGUUUUGAGCUCUCCUCUCCCAAGGUCCAACCACUGCAGAGCACAUGCACCCUUCACAGAUAGGGGAGUUGCUCCCUUCCCCUCUAUCCCAUCGACUGCCCUUUCUGCAGACCUUUGUUUCCAGCUCCUUUCUGCGGAACCGCCCUACAGUAUUCCAAGGGCAGCCCCGCCCUGACCUCCCGAGCCACCCUGCCUAUUUCUAUUCCCAGAUCCCUCACAGAGAGGAGCUGGUUCGUUCAGGCGCACAAGAGGGCGUUGGCGGCUCUUCUCCUUUCGGGAUAAUUUCAGGCUGCGGAUGGGGAAGUUCCCUAGAAUUGCCACAGACUCUCCCUGUCUCUCUCGAGGUGAAGGGCAGGUUGGCACUGGGUCCUCCCCGGCUUCUGUUUGCAUACGGCGCAGCAAGGAGAACAAUCUGAUAAAGCCAGAGCAAACCUGCCCACACCCAGUGAAAUGCUGCCUGUCUCAGGAGACAUGCAGCAGCAGCAUUGUCCUCAGGGGCAUUGCAGGUACUUUGCAAAAGGAGCAGGGCAGGAAGUGCGAGAGAGGCGGAGGGUGGAGAGGGCAGGGAGGUGAACUCUACUGCUAUUGCCUUGGCCAAAUGGGAGAGACAGUGUGGUGCAGUGGUUAGAGUGUCGGAUUUGGGCCUGGGAAAGCAGGGUUCUGAUCCCCACUUGGCCAUGAAGUUGAGCCCAACCCCUAGAAUCUUGGAUGGCAAGCUCCCAUCAUCUUAGAUUCUAUUGGCUGUGCUGGUGUUAGUCCUGCUCAUGAUGUUCUUGGCCAUAACUGAGGGCUUAUCCACACUUAGCUUUUGCCCUGCUCUUUCCAGGCAGAGGUCCGUGCUAUAACGAUCCGUGUCCAAGAGGUUUCCAUGGGGCUUUUCCCACGAAAACCCAUUCUUUAAAGUCGAAUCGGAGCAAACAUCAAUUCGGGUUUCCCCACAGAUUGACGUUUGCUCCUACUGAGCUUUAAAGAGCUGUUUUUCAUGGGGAAAACUCUGAGGGCAGAAAAGACCCAGAGCUUUAAAUCAUGGACAGUGCCUGGAGAAAGCAGAUGAAAGGCAAGCAUGGAUAAGCCCUAACUUAGGUUUGCUCCUUUCAUCGGGCCUGUUCUGAGUUGAAUUGAGUUGGAAGCAACCCUCUCUUCUCAAAGUGGCCAACAAGCAGGACCAGAGCACGAAAGCAACUCUCCCCUCCUGCAGUUCCCAGCCACUGGUAUUCAGUGGCAGCUGAAUAUAGUAGCUGAACCUAAAAAGCCUUGGGCGGUAGGAAGGUCUUCACCUUCUUGCACCAUAAAGUUCAUCAUGGCGCCAGAUGUCCCUCCUUGGCGAGGCAACUUCAGAAGCAGGGCACCCCAGCAAGAAAAGACCCUCUCCUUUGUGGGAGCAGAACUUCUAUGGAAGGGAUUGUCUCCACUCUUAGUCCCACUUAGAGUAAACCAACUGAAAUUAAUUCACCUCAGCCAGCCAUGCCAUUACUGUACUUUCAAUGAGUUUCCUCCAAGAGGGGCUUAGAUGGGAAAGAUCUCAAGGCGCAAGCAGGCAAUGUAAAGAAGGCAUCAGUUUUGUGGAUCAGACAGGAAGGCUGCCGGUGGCCUUACAAGACCUUUUACCUGUAAGAAGUCUCACUUCUGGAGACACCCUUCCCUUUGUACCACCUGCCAGUCCCCACGUGGCUUGGAUGUGCUGCCAUGAAUUGACUUUUAACCAUGGUGCUGUCGUGCAGCUGCCGGCUAUCCUAUUGCCUGGCCUUAUCUCUUUUCUGUACAGUACAAGGUGUGACUGUACCAGUUGUUCCCUCGAUGGAGCCAAACUGGUCCCUGCCACCACCACCCCUUGGUCUGUUGUUGAAACAAGAAGCCGGCGGAGCUAACCACAAGGGCCCAUCAAAACGCGUCGCCGAUAAUGAACCCAAGCAAACAUUUGCUUAAGCGUUAUCAGCUGGGACAAAUUGCGGGUAUUUGGCAGGCUCCUGUAAGUUUUAAGCAAACUUCCAGAGGGCAGAGCCUCUCUUGGUCUGCUGUACGAUCCGCUCUUGUCCCAAGGCAAAAUGACCUCACUCGUAAAAAUAACGGUCAGCUUUGGAAUGCAGGUGUAAUGUAGGGCCAUGUUUCAACAUCCACACCUUCGAGGUUGGAAACAUAAGGGCCAUAAAUGCCAGUUACUGGAAACCACAGGAGCUGUUCUGCUUUGGAGCUUCCCAUUGGGGCAUCUGGUUGGCCACUGUGAGAACAGGAUUCUGGACUAUGAGUCAUUGGCCUGAUCCAAAAGGCUGUUCUUAUGUUCUUUUGGUGUCAAUUGGAUUGCCUUUAUCUUAUAUUCCUUAUAUUUUAUCCCUGUCCUUAAGCACUAGCUGCCCCCACCGCCAAAUCCAAAAUACCGCUGGUGAGGGGGGAAGGAGGGUGCUUAUCAUUUGAGGCUGAUAGUAUUCAUAAAAGUCCCCCUUUCUCUGAGAUGGCUUUUGUGAUUAAAUGUUUCGGCAUAGUCACAUGGAACAAGAUGGUUAUCUCUCCAUCUCACCAUAUCCCCAGGGCUGUGAAUAGUUAAUGGGCACCCGCAGCAAAACAUUUCAGUGUGGCGUGCUCCCGUUCAGGGAUCCAGCCAGCCAUGCCCUUUCCAGGAGACUCCAUUCUGUUCCAUAUCCUUUUCAAGGACAUUGGUGAAGGAUGUAGAACCGACAUAGGCAAACUCGGCCCUCCAAAUGUUUUGGGACUACAACUCCCAUCAUCCCUAGCUAACAGGACCAAUGGUCAGAGAUGAUGGGAGUUGUAGUCCCAAAGCAUCUGGAGGGCUGAGGAACUGGAGAAUGAAGUCCAGUGAACAAACACUGGAAAGGGGACAACAACAAAAAAUGCUCAUAUUUGAUUUUGACCAUUCCCCUUUUCCUUCCUUCACUACAGUGAAACUGAGCACUUUCAUCACCCCGUCUAUGGAAGCUGUUACACUUUUAAUAAAGGCGGGACAGAUGAGUUCUGGAAAGCUUUGAAGCCUGGAAUUGUUUACGGUAAGAACGGAGAAAAAGAAUGUGCAGGCAGAUAAGUGUGACUAUUGGUCGCUUGCAAGGGUUAGGCUGUGUACAGAGCUCAUUAUGUUCCACAGACGUGUUGCUUUAAACUAUAGAGAUAAAUCUAGAUGUUCAGGCAAUGAAGAUCAGACACAGUUUGGUUCAGCUGGUGAAUCAGUCAAAGUACAUGCUGUGAACCAAGAGGGAAAAAUUAUCAGAAAUGGAAUUUUCACAGUCCAGAGGUUUCUGUGAGGGAAGGGGUAGCUGUCAGUUUGGCUGGGUGUGCAUUUGUUUUCCAGCAUACAUAACCUGCUGUUUUAUUACUGUCUUCAGAGUGUGUCGUUAGACCCAGUUAUGUCCCAAAUCAGAUCAGGGCUGUGACACUGGAAAAUGGGUGGGUUAACCCUUUCCAGUAGGGUCAUUUGCCUGAUUAAAAUAACCUUUGAAGCUGCUAUUUGCCCAGCAGAGGGACAAUAUACGGGUAUCAUAUGGGCACCUUUAUGUCCCCUCCCCGCAAAAUUGCUGCAAAUAGCAGAUCUGAGGAGUGGUUUUUAUCAAGAAAAUGACCCAGGUAUAAAAGCUUAACCUCUCUCCCAUAAUGUGCUGUUCCUAAGGGGAAAGGUCAGGGAGGGAAUGCGGGCAGGGUCAAACAAUAGAUGACCCUGAGGGGAGCUAAAGGAAGAGAUAUUUGUAAAACAGCAAAACUGUAUUCUGGUUUUCAUUGUUAUAGCUUUCUCAACAGAAGUGCAAUACCAAAUUUUAAGAUGGCAGGCAGGCAGGCAGGCAGGCAGGCAGACUUCAAGCUGACAGGGCCUAGUUUGAUUUUUGCUGCCAGGGCAAGGUACACCCAAUGGAUCUAGGCCCAGAAUGGCAGCUCAGGGGGGCAGAAUGAGGAGAAGGUGGGGUCACCCUAUAACAUACUAAGAGCCUUCUGGAUCAGGCCAGUGGCCCAUCUAACUGUGGAGGCAGAGCAUAGCCAUCGUGGCUAAUAACUGUUGAUAGUCUUUUCCUCCACGAAUCUCUCCAGUCUUUUGAUACCAUCCAAGUUGGUGCCUAUCACUCUUUCAACGAUUUCCAUAGUUUAACUGUGGAUCACCCUGUAGGAUAAGCUGAAUAUACGAAGGCAACUGAGCUAUCAUAAAUCGAGGAUUUUAGUACUUUAAAACAAUACACAAUACCAACUGUAAAACAAUUCAAAUGUGUGAUCUAAAGGGCAGGGCGAGAAAACACCAGCAAUUUAAAUGUGCACUGAAAUAAAUGGUCUCUGGAGCUCUUAAGCUAGUAGACAAUAUUGAGCUAGCUAGCUAGAUCAAAGGUCUGACUCUGUAUAAGGCAGCUUCUUAUGUAACUGCCUUCAGGUGUGUUGGGGAAAGCUUCCCUGUCAUCACCAAUGUAAACUUCAACUGCUAGCCCAGCGGUCUUCUGCAUAUGGAGUGCAUCAUCUUAUCCUUUGCCUCAGACGGCAAAAUGUCUUGGGCUGGCCCUGAGUCAUUCCUACACAUUAGCGAUGAUGAUAUAUGUGAGGUCUUGUGCCCAUGAGGGUGUCUCUGACAUCAUAGUGAGCAACACAGAAGCGAUUGCUCUCUCGUGUGGGCAGCUGUUGCUUCCACAGCUGCUCAUUGUUACCUCAGAGGCCAACUAUGUAGGUGGAAAUUUUGAACAGGGUUCGGCCCCCUCCCACCAUCAGAGCAAUCCUUGAGGGGCACGUGCAAUAAAAAGAGCUUUGGCCACACGCUGAUGCCAUUUCCUGUUUAGCAACUGACUGAUGUCACUUCCUGCUUGGACGGAGCUGUGCUUUGACGACGAAUCCCUCUGCUUUUUCCUCGGAGGGCCAUUGGCCCCAUCCAGCAGGUCCUUCUUACCUUCUUGUGUUUGUUUGGUGCCAGGUCUCUCCCUUAUCCUCAAAGUGGAGCAAAAGGACCACAUCCCGCUGCUGUCCACCAAGGCGGGCGUGAGGGUGAUGAUCCACAGCCACAACCAGACCGCGUUCUUAGAGCACGAGGGGUUUGAUAUUCGGCCGGGGAUUCAAACCACCAUUGGGAUCACACAGGUGAGCACCGGGGGGUCUGAAUGGGCAACAGGAAAAACCUUGGCAUGUGUCGUGUAUGGAGGAGGAAAAAACCUAAACACGUUGCAGAGUUCCCCAAAAUAGACCAGAGGCAAUUGUACUUCAUCCAACAGAGCUUUACUGCUCCGGAAGGCAAAUGAGCAUAAUGGUCACAAAUCCAAUACAUUCAGAAUUGGCACUGUCCAUAAGAAAUCCAGUUGCAGCAGACUUAACUUAAACUUAACAAGAACUUAUAAUAAGGCUGAACCAUAACACUAAGCGUACAGAACACCACACCAGAACAAAGAGAUAGAGUCAGCAUGACCUUGACAGAAAGGAUAACAGAACCAGUUUCAACCAGCUGUACUCAGCUUCUCAGAAGGAAUAACCCAAACAAGAACCUUCUGCCUGUUUCUUUCACAUAGAAAGAAACCUUCCAGAACACUCUUGACCUAAGCAGAACAGGGAAGAUCUCUACACAUCAGAUCAAUACUUUUGUACUAAGAAAUGUGGGGUGGCGGGGUGUCUGGGAGGCUUUCUGGCUGGAGGCAGAGCAGGGUAAAAGUGUUUUAAUCAGCGGUUGGGAACCUCAGGCCCGGGAGCCAAAUUCCUUCUGAUCUGGCCCUUGGCACUCUCUUCCCAGGCCACACACCCCUCACCCUGAUUCACAUCCCUGCUUUUACCUGGCUAAAUGCACCCUUGAACUCUGGUAGUGUCUCUUACCUGCCUGGAUGGCACAUAGAGUGGGGUUUGUGUAAAUGUGUAUAUAAACUAGCAAAAGUAAACCUUACAUCCCAUGCCACGCCCCCUAUUAGCUUUGUCCCCGCCCCCAGAAGUUUGCCCAGAAUGAAUGCAGCUGUCGCUCUGAAAAAAGGUCCUCUCCUCCCCAUCCCUGAUGUUUUGAACUGGCAUUCCAAAUGGGUUUUUUGUUGCAAUCCCAAUUUGGGGGAAUGUCAAAAUGUUUGGGCUCUCCGAGUUCCACCCCACCAAACCUGCUAGGCACCAGCCACCACCAGACAGUUGACUUUCAAUAACUGGCGACAGGCAAUUGCAAGGGCCUCCUGUGGGGCUGAUGUUGCUUUAGUGGUGGAGAGGGGAGAGAUUCUUCCAGGUUUAGCUUCUUUAUGUUGAAUUGUUUCUGGCCUGUAUGCUAAACUCCAAGUGAUAUGCUCUUUCCUCCCUCCAACUACGCAGGACGAGGUAACUCGCUUAGGCGGAAAUUAUGGCACAUGUACAAAGGACGGCGAUGAUGUAGCUGUCAAGCUCAUAUACAACAGCACAUACACGCAGCAGGUACAGCUGAAACAGAGCCUUUGUUUUCCCACUUUAUUCGUUUCUGCCUUCUUAAGAUCCUGCCCCUUCUCAUGUGUUGGAUCACUCAGAUAAUUAGAACAACCAAAGAUCUGCCUAGUUAAUUCAAAUCAGGGUGUGAAAUUCAGGCUAAGGAAGAGAGGGGAGAAAUUUGAUUCUGGUUUCGAUCUUAAGGCAAACCUACCUAGUUUUUUUGCAGUUUUUGAACUGACGAGGUAAGCUGAAAAAGCAAGCAUCCUUCAGAAUUUGCCCCAUUCCAAAUUGUGCAGUGCAAUUCUCCAGCCAAGUAAUGUGUGCAAAGAUGUGUGUACAGAGGCAAAGUUUCCAUAAGCACGCAUGUGUUGUUGCAAAUACCAAGCAAGCAUGCAUUCUGUUGGAGGGAAUUGCUUUGCAAUGGUGGGUUUGGCUCUUCUCCUUCACCGUGGGUGGCAGAAUCAAUUGGGAUAGCCCUUCCCAUUAAAUUAACACCUAUCUACCCCACUAGUGGAUCUGAAGCAAAAGGCACCAGAGAAAUUUAACUUACAGCACUUUCUGUUUUGUUCUGUCUCCCCACCCCAUUUCACUCCCCACCCCAUUUCACUGCCCCCACAGGCUUGCUUGCAUUCAUGUUUCCAGAGGAAAAUGAUUGAAGACUGUGGUUGUGGGUACUAUUACUACCCACUGCCUCCAGGAACGGAGUACUGCAACUAUAACAAGCAUCGUAAUUGGGGUAAGGAGAAGCCACACACACACGUGGUUAAAUGUGUUCAGAAUGACUUGAUCUGGCCAAUGGCAAAGAGUCUAUAUGUAGCCUGGCCAGCUGUUCCCCCAUGACAGCCAAUGUGGUGCCUGCAAACGUUGCUAGACUCCAGCUCCCAUCAUUCUUGUACAUUGGCCACAUUGGCUGGGGCUGAUGGGAGUUCCAACAAAAUUGGGGGGGCACUAUGUUGGCUACCUCCUGGCAUACUGAACUAGAGUGGAUGCUUAUACAACAAGACAGACAGAGAGAGAGAGAACACCAAAGAGGACACAUAAUGUGAAUACUUUGUAUGAGCCGACUCAGGGGUAGGGAAUCUCAGGCCCAGGGUCUAGAUGUGGCCUUUCACAGUCUGGUCCUUGGGAUUCUCCCUACAUCAUUCAAGCAAAGCAUGUUCAGUUAGGAGAAGGAAAUGCUGAUCAAACUGUAUUCAGUUGAAAACAGGAAGUGACAGCCAAACUGCUAAAUUGGAAACAGGAAGUGCUAAUGAAAGUGGGUUCAAUUUGAAGCAGGAAGUACCACUCAAACUAAGUUCAGCUGCAAACAGGAAAUGUUGAUCAGACCAUGUUGGGGGUUGGUUUGGACAAGGACCCUUCAUGAUGGCAGAACAGGGCUGUCCUCAAUUAUUUGCCUGUGGCAGCUGUAUCCUAUUGAACUUGUUCCUCUUAUUUUUCCCCUCCUGUAGGUCAUUGCUUCUAUCUCCUGUACAAUCGCAUGUACAAUCAGGAUGCCACUCAUACUGAAUCCUGUUUUGACAAAUGCCACAGACCAUGCAAGUGAGUAGCAAAGGCAUUUGACGCAUUCGAAUGGUAGCAGGGUCAAGCUUAGCAUGGACCAGAUAUGUGCCUUUUCAUUGACUGGCCCACUGGAUAUCUACCUCCUCUCCUCAUUCUUUUUUGAGCCAUACAUGCAGGUCCCACUAUUGGUCUGCUUGUUAUGCGAAGAUUCACUUAUCCAAACGCAAAAAAAAUUGCCCAAUCCUUGCUAUAUGCUCAGCUGAUUCAGAUAUCUAAACAGCCAGAGUCUGCCCACUUCCAUACUUGUUUAUGCUUUGCUGGUCAGCGGCAACCAUUUUCAGGCAGAAACCAUGGAGAAAAGGAAUGAGGAGAGAGAUUGGAUAAAUCAGGGCAGAGCAGGAGAGUUCGAACAAACCAGUUUUUCCUUUGUCUCUCCCUUGCUGGUUGGCUGCAGCAAUUUAAGGAAGAAACCAUGGUGGGAGGGGGGAGGAAAAUCAUGGAUCAGAAAUGUUCACAUAGGAAAUAAUGGAAACCGUCAUCUUGUUAGCUGAAUGGUCGCCUAACGAACAAUUUCCAGGGAACACGUUGUGUUCAGUAAGUGCGACCUGCAUGUAGAUCACCCUAGGAUGCAUACGGGUAUCCAGGCAUUACAGCCUUUUCAGGCUAGUGGACACUUUGGGAAUGUUGAGAACGUACUGUGGGUUCCAGUCACCAACUGGCUGCCAUGGGGGUGUGACAUGACAUAAAAUGGCCGCCACAUCUCAAAGUAUAGAAAAGGAGACGGGACCAUAAAAUGUUCACUGUAGAUUUUGUUCUGAUGCAGCAGGGUUCCUCGUAACCUUUUUACAUUCUUGUCUUCUUGGCAGAGAGACUUGGUACAAACUUUCAGCAGGAUAUGCAAAGUGGCCCUCAAACAAAUCUAAGGUAAAGUAUAACCUAUGUGGAGUUCAGAGUGGAGGAGGAUGCUAAAUUUUCAAUGUUCUCCCAAGCUGGCCAAUGAUAGUCACUUACCAAUCAGGGAGCCUGCUGCAGUGAACAUGCAACCAAUCAGGGAGCCAGUCACCUAUGGUGUGUGUUCCUAAAAGGAGGAGAAUUUAACUGUUUCUUCUGCCUCCUUAAACAUCUGAUAGGGUGCAACAGGUCCUCCAUAGUGAUGUCAAAUUCCCUUUUUUUUAAAAAUGAGAGCAAAGAAAAUAUAUUAAGCAUAUUGAUGAAACUUCUAAGUGCAAACAAAAAAGUUUUGAAUGUUCAAUAUAUUUUUAAAAACUUGAUAGUCGCAUUACUUCAGCCUUGCUUGUAUGUAUCGGUUUUUAUUAUUACAAUUUGCCAACUACUCUACUGCACAGUGCUUCCCUGCCUUUAACAGCAGCUUGACCCAAAGGCCUUCAUAGGUGGUCAUUUUUAUCCCAAUGGCAUGUUAAGCUCCUCUGCAAAGCAAGCUUCCGUUACGAACCCAAGAGCAAGCCUGGCUGAUAUUUUGGACAGCUGGCAGCUCCCCUAUGCCAUCCCUGGCACAAUGCCACUUGAACCAUCUGCUGCGUCUGCUUCCAGAUUUUGAACCCUGUUCCUGUGUCUUCCUUUUUAGACAUGGAUUCACAAAGCUUUGGAAGCCCAGAACAGAUACAAUGUCACCGGCGACAGGUUAGUCACGUUGUUUUUUCUACUGGGGGGUGCUGCUGCUGCUGCUGUCAAGUCCUUCUCUUUCACCAUAAAUGCAAGAUUAUUUGGCAACUGUCUUCAGAACUGGCAUCUAUGGUGAAGUGCUAAAUUUUGAAGAGUAGGAGCUGUAGCCUCAAGGAAAGUCCACUUACAUGGCAUUAUACCAAGUUUAUUUUGUUCAGUCCAACUGUAGUCCUGUGCAUAGUUAGAUGGGGAGGGUGAACUGUGGCAUUCACUGGUCCUUGCUUCUGACUGUACCAGUUCAGUUUGCAUUUUAACAAAAGGUCCUCAACCAUCUGGAGCAAAGGAACACACAGAGUGAGGUUGUUUGGUCCACCUAACUCAGUGCUGCCUACACUGACUGGCAGUGUCUCUCCGCAAUUUUGUCAAAAGUUCCCGCAAUCAAAUUUACACUGGACAGUUAUCUUGGAGUGGAUGUUUUGGGUAAUUGUUUAUACAUAGCUGACAGAUGGAGAAUUUGAAGUUCUCUUUUUUCCUCCUCCUCCUCUUGCUUUUUUCUUCCCCCUUUUCUUAUUUCUUUUCUUCAUUUUGGUUUGUUUUUAUUUAGAUUAUGGGUUUUUUUUAUAAAAAAAACUUUGAUAAAAUGAUCCUGUGUAUUUGAUAUUAACCUUCAUGUAUUUUCUUUCAAACUGUAAUAAAAUGUAUUGGGGGGGGGGACGGACAAAUUUACACUGGACUAACUUGAUCUCGACACUCUCUUUCCUCAGUUUCAGAAAAGAUAUUGCCAAGGUGAACAUUUACUACGAGCGACUAAACUACAAUUCUUGGGAUGAAUCUCCUGAAUAUACAGUAAGUUGAAGUUGUGUGUUUAUUCGGCCCACAUUAACUUCAGUUAGUCAUGUUCAUUCACUUGAAAUGGGUUUACUCUGAGUAUAGCUAAGUGACUGCUACCAAGUAUCUACUCAGAAGUAAGUCCUCUUGAAUUCAUUGGGGCAUACUCCCAGGUAAGUGGGGUUCGGAUCACCACCUUCCUCAUGAGUUAAUUACCACUGGUUUCCAUGGCAAGCAACUGCAGCUAACAAUAGGCACCCAUAGUAUUCAUGCUUACCUGGAAGUAAGUCCCAUUGAACCCAAUUACUGUGCUAGUGAACAAGCAUGCAGAGAAUUAUGCUGUCAACUUGGAUCCAACCCAACUUAAACAGCAGUUUGAAACAACUAUUACCAAAGAAAGGAAUUCAUUUCUAUUUGCAUCUUGUUCUUCAGCUAAACAAAUUCUCCCGGAGCACCUUAGAAUGAUCAGGAAUCAGACGCCACUCCCCUGUCUUAGAAUCUAAAAAUUACAACAGAAGGGGAAAUGAGAUUAGGAGGGAGGAGAGAAAAAACACACAUAAUGUUCUUAGCCUUUAUAAGUUCUUUGAAACUGAUAGCAGAGGCCACAUAAUGUUGCCCUUCCGCAAACAAAUCCGUAAGGAAGACAAGCAGCAAUUACAAAUGAAAUAAAACUAGGAACAGAAAGAAAGGACAACUCCGCAGGUAAACGAAGAUAUUUGCGGAAGAGAAACACAUUCUAUCCAUCUAAGUCAUACUCAGAGUAGAUGCACAAAAAUUAAUGGCCAUGACUAAGUUAGAUCCAUAAACUUUGAUGGGUUGACUCCAUGUGGGAAAUUACAGUAAUGUUGGCUGCAACAUAUAGAGUCUAACAUGGGGCUGGGGCAGCUAAAGUCCAGGGGCCAAGUGUGGCCCCCCAGGCCUCUCCAUCUGGCCCCAGGAACUCUUCCCAGGCCACUCCCUUCCCCAGCCCUACUUUACACUCUCCCCAAGUGCUUUGGCCUGGGUGGACUGUGUCCUUGAACUCUGAUCCCGUCUUUUGCUUUCCUGGAAGGAGGAUUGAGGGAGGUUCCGGUGUGUGUGUAGAAACUAGUCUACAGUGGUACCUCAGGUUAAGUACUUAAUUCGUUCCGGAGGUCCGUACUUAACCUGAAACAGUUCUUAACCUGAAGCACCACUUUGGCUAAUGGGGCCUCCUGCUGCCGCUGCACGAUUUCUGUUCUCAUCCUGAAGCAAUGUUCUUAACCCGAGGUACUAUUUCUGGGUUAGCGGAGUCUGUAACCUGAAGCGUAUGUAACCUGAAGCGUAUGUAACCCGAGGUACCACUGUACUUGUACAAAGAGUAAAAUUGACGUUUGUUGCUACACCCAUUUAUGCCUCUGGUCCUCCCACCACUGGCAUGCGGCUCCCCAGAAGGCUAUGUGGCCCUCACUCUGCAAAGGACUCCCCGCCUCUGGUCUAAUCAGAUGUCUAAUCUAUGUUUUCCCUAGGAAUCCCAGAUGAUGUCCAACAUGGGAAGCAACUGGAGUCUCUGGUUUGGGUCAUCGGUGUUGUCAGUGGUGGAGCUGCUGGAGUUCCUCGUGGAUGCCGCCAUCUUGUCUCUCAUCUUCCUCUACCGUCAGUUCACGGCCAAGAGGACACAUAAGGUGUCUCGACCCCCCAACAUCCCGAGCAUAAGCUUGACUUUGGAGAAGUACCGCUAUGUGGAGGAAGGCCUGGCCAGCACCCAGGAUGUGACAAAACCUUACGCCAGUGAUGGCACUGGCACCCCAUGCCAAGACACAAAAUAUAGCACAUACCAGAUGCCUGAGCUCUACCCAAGUGUGGUGCUGAAUGGAUUCAAGCGCCGGAAAGAGCAUAGCGUAGAUAUGCACCUCAACAGCUAAUGGCGUCCAAAGAGAAUGGAUCUUGGAGAACUCCAAACCUACCUUCAUACCUUUGAAGAAGAGCUGCUUUUGUGGGGAAUUGUGGCCAGUACAGUUGUGACUGCUGACCCAGAAAUGCUGGCUCAGAAGUGCUGGACUGAUGGGGCCCAGCCUCCAACAGGAGACUGAGCCUGUGACUUUUCUCUUCUGAACCUCCUCGGACAGUUCUGUGGCAAACAAGAUGGAGCCCAGGGAAGCGAGGUUUUCCACCCCGGGACUUGGGAUCAGAUUUGCAACGCGUUCCGUUAAUGAGGGAGGUGUCCGAACGAAGCCUCACCCAGGCAAACAGUGACGAUUACAUUCUGACUGGUUCCUUGAUUGACUUGAAGACCCCCUUUCCCCCCUCAUGUUAUUUGUUCUGCGGUAUUCUUUUCAGAGAUGACUGACCUGUGGCCUCCUUAUGAGAGAAGCCUAUUUUUUUUAUUUUCGUUUUUUCAUCUAAGGGAAGAGGAAAGCCAGAGAGUGACUGGCGGUUAUCCAGUUCCCUAUAAAAAGCCACAACCGUAGCUUCCCGCUGAAGCUCUCCUGAGGGAACCAGAUUCAACUGGGCAUCCCUGGGCAAAGAGGCUGGACCGUCAACAUUUCACAGGUGUCUCCGAGUUAAAUGUUAAACAGCCCACACAUUAAAAAAUGUGUCUAGCGAACAUUUAUGAGGCUAUGUUCUCUUCCGUCUGUGUUAACAGUGCCUCUGGCAUCCCAGAGGGAUGCAAUGAAUACUUGACCAUGCUGAUUGUAAUGCCCACGGUACCUCUUCUGUUUGACAGGUAGUUCUUUCCUGUUUGAACUCUGAAAUCCGUGGCAAGGAACGUGUUUUUAAUUAUGAUUGCGUGCUGCCUCUGUUAAAAUGUGAAGUUCAGGGUUUAUAAGCUGAGUUCUCGAACGAGAAGAAGAAAAACAGUAGCUUGCAUGGAGCAGGAUAGGUGCCCAAGAACCCCCAGUGUCUAGCCUAGCAACUGCCUGUACUCAGGUUACAGCGCCCCCUUCGGGUGGCAAAGGAACAACACUAUGCAAAGUCAGCUCUUUUGAGUGGCUGGCAGUGCGACAGCUUCUGAUUGGCCGUUCUUCACUCAGGAAAUUAGUUACAGGGCACUUUUAAAUAUUACAUUUUACUGGCAAAUUUGGAAGCCAAUAUCAACUUUUCAAAUGGAUUUCUUUACCUAUUGCCCCUCUUCAGACCUCAAAAUCCAACCAUGUCCAUAAUGGCUGCUGUUCUUUUUAAAGUAAACGGAUAUAUACUUGCAAGCACAUUGAACUUUUGCUUUACACAAAAUGUGCCAGAUUUCUCCUUUGCAUAAUGGUUUCCUGAUUUAAAAAAAAGAGAAAUGUUCCAACUGUAUUCAGAAGAUUGCUUUGUCAUUAUGGACAUCCUGAAAUCCUGAACUAUAAAAUAUUUAGUUUUAUAUAGCAAAUAGAUGUCUGCAUGUACCAGAAAGCUUUAUUGAUGAUCACCAGAGCUCAGGGCUGUACCACACUUUAUGCAUUCAGGGGUCAUUCAGUCAUCCCUGUUCAUCACUUGAAGUUUGCCAUGCCAAGUGGCAAAUUACCUGCCUGAGCCUUUCUGAGACUGCACGCCCACAGAGCAAUCUGAGCUGGGGGUCACCGCUAUGCCUGUGUUAGUCCUCAAAUGAUAAACAUGUCUCUCUGAAUAAGUCCAAGUAGCAUUGUUUCAGCAAGGGGGAGUUGGAAUCUAUCCCCACACUGUUGGGAUCACUGUGGGUCCAACUAAGCCCCGUGCAGAGAAGACCCAUUGAAUUUAAUGAAUCUAAAUUAGUCAUGUCCAUUAACCUCAGUAGUAUGGCUAGUGUUGGAUAGAAUCCUGUAGAUAUCUAUCUAUCUAUUAUUUUCUAUGAAUGAAAUAUGUACUGUAUAUCCAUCUGCCUUGCUGUUGAAUUCUAUGAUGGUUGGAUGCAGAUGCAUUUUGAAGGAGAAUAUUUGACUGUAAUUUAUUUUGAGUGUGUGCAUGUAUGAGAGGGAGAGGGGGGCAGAAUUAUGGAAAGUGACCUCUUUUUGUGGCUUUAACUUAAUAAUUUAUUGUGCUCCUAUUUUGUCCUCACCCCCUACCCCUUUGCCUUCUUGAAGGUUAAAAAGAGCAAAACUAUGCAAUCCGCACUGGUUGUUUUGUAAUCUUUCUGUAAUAAAAUGCUGCAGGUGUCUUUUCA